CGGUCCCCGGAGUGGAGCACCGCGAGGCUCCGCGAGGAACGCUGGCAGUGGCAAGAGCUCUGGGCGCGGGGUCUGCGGCUGGCCCCUCGCUGGCCCUGUCUCCCAGCCCCAGGCAGGUACUCACCCUGGGAGUCUGAACUUUGGCUGCCCCUGUGCCCGCGACAUGAUGUUCCCCUUCUACCGCUGCCGGAGGACUGGACUGCUGCUGCUGCUACUCCUGGCCGUCACAGUAAAAGAAUCCUGGCAGAAAGAAGAAAAAACCUGCGACCUGGUAGGAGAAAAGGGUAAAGAGUCCGAAAGAGAGUUGGCUGUACUGAAGAGGAUGACACCACUGUUUAACAGAAGCUUUGAGAGCACUGUGGGCCAGGGUCAAGAAACAUAUAUGUAUAUAUUCAGGGUGUGCCGGGAAGCUAACAACCACUCCUCCGGGGCAGGCCUGGUGCAGAUCAACAAAAGUAACGGGAAGGAGACAGUGGUGGGGAGAAUCAACGAGACUCACAUCUUCAAUGGAAGUAAUUGGAUCAUGCUGAUCUAUAAAGGGGGUGAUGAAUAUGACAAUCACUGUGGCAAGGAGCAGCGUCGUGCAGUGGUGAUGAUCUCCUGCAAUCGACAUACCCUAGCGGACAAUUUUAACCCUGUGUCUGAGGAGCGAGGCAAAGUCGAAGAUUGUUUCUACCUCUUUGAGAUGGAUAGUAGCCUAGCCUGUUCCCCAGAGGUCUCCCACCUCAGUGUGGGUUCUAUCUUACUUGUCACGUUUGCAUCACUGGUUGCUGUCUAUAUCAUCGGGGGGUUCCUAUACCAACGAUUGGUGGUAGGAGCCAAGGGAAUGGAGCAGUUUCCCCACUUAGCCUUCUGGCAGGAUGUUGGCAACCUGAUAGCAGAUGGUUGUGACUUUGUGUGCCGUUCUAAACCCCGAAAUGUGCCUGCUACAUACCGUGGUGUGGGGGAUGAUCAGCUGGGGGAGGAUUCAGAAGAAAGGGAUGAUCAUUUACUACCAAUGUGAAUGCACUUUAUACGCCCAGCUUCUUCGUUCCCCAAACCAAAGCAUCCUCAGCCAAUUUCUUACGCAAUCUGCUCCAGCCUCUCAUCUCCCCCUUACUGUUGCUCUUGCUUUCCAGUUUGCUUUUGGUUUGCGUCAUCUCCCCCUAAUAGAAAUGCGUUCCUUUUAUUCCCUAUUUUUGGUUUUUCCUCUAGAGUGGUACAGUUGUAGGUCAGAGAUAAUAUAAUAAGGCCUGUGACAAAAGGCACUGUCUUGGUAUAGGAAGGUACAUGGAGGAUAGUUAGGAGCAAAAGCAUGUGGAAGACUCACUGACCUUCUUAAACAUUUUCACAAGCUUUUCAGACACUGGAAUUCUUUAAUUUAAAAAAAGCAAAGCAAAAAAAAACAUUUUUUAUACAAGGUUUGAUUGCUUCCAUGCUUGUAGUCUCCAUGAGAAUCUGCAUGUAAUUUCUUGCUGCUUGGAACUACUUUGCAAUGAAUAUUUUGUUGCAGUCCAAGUACUGCCAUUUGGUCUGAGCCUGGAGAUGUGGUAGACCUGCUUCUCCCACCUCUGGGGUUAGGGUGGGGAAAAUGUGAAAUUUCCCAGUUAGAGGAUUGUAAAUUACCAUCACUAGCAUUGGAGUAACUUUGUAGCUGGAAUUGGGCCCUGGAUUGUGGUCUUGCGGUUAUUAGUCCACAUGUAGCCAAAAUUCCUAAUCCACAAAUCGUGUCUGUUAGAAAGAGAAACUGAAAGUGACCUCUGCUACAGGAGUUCCAGAAAAGGGAAGUCUGUUUACCGUGUAGUGGGAUCUCUUAGAUGGCUUUUCUCUCCCACUUGCAGUAAAAGUUGGCAAAGCCUUUCUUACCAGUGUUUCUAAACAUGUUGCACUUUCCACAGGCAUGUCAUUGGACUAUUUUUUUCAAUCUUCUGGAAAGGGAAUGGAGGCAGAUGCAGGACAUUAGGGCUCUGCCACCCUCUGCUCUUGGUGUGGGGAUUCCACACCUGUCCCUGCUUCUGGCUCAGGGAAGUCUCUUGCCUACAUUUCUGUGUGGAGAGGUUUUUAGUGCUCUCCACCUUUCUACUUAGGUCAUGUGCCCAGAACCUGGCCUGGCCUGAUCUUUAUUUAACAGUGAACCUGUGCCACUGAAGAGUAACAUGGCUCCACUGGGCACAAGAGGAUGGAAUCAAUAGGCAGGGGCCUUUUAUAGCCUUAGAGGAGAAAAUAAAAUGAUUUCAUCCUUGGACUUUUAAAUACUAUCGCAAUGAUUUUUUUCUUUCUAAACAGGGAAAAUAAUGUUAUAAAAACAUCUUUUUGUUAUUUGUUUGCAUCCCUCCCCCAUAUUCUGGUGUUGGAAAAAAACUAUCAUUUUUUGUACAAAAACACUUGAAAGAUUAAAAAAAACAAACCAU